CCUAUACCUAAAAGCACUACAUUGGAGAGAGAGAAAUUUCUCUCGCCUAAGCUCUGGCCGCUCACCACUUCUCCUAUCCAGCAUUCCAGCCCACCUCCUAACUUAUGCCUUCUCCUCUCUUGUUCUUCACCCGAAUUUGCAUACGAUUUCCGUGGAUCGCUUUACCGCACCCUUACCCAUACUAUUUCGAAACCCUCCCCACCUUCUCUUCGACGUUUUAAGCAUUUCAUUGAAGAGCUCCAGUAGUUCUUCUGAUUUUCUGAGCCGCAUGGAAGAUGAAGUCACCCAUCCACUUGAAUUCAUCGAGUAUCACCUUCAAGUAGCUAUUUUUGUAUGAUUCUAUUGACUUAAGUAACCCUAUUCUUCCAUUCCAGUACAGAAAAUCAAUUUUGCUGUAAAAGAGCUAUAUAGCCGCUCGAUUUGACGCUUCUUCUUCCAGCAAUUGAAGAACAUAUUUGUGUUGGGUCAAAUGUCAGUCUCUUCUUCUUCCAGCAAUCGAAGAACAAAGGUAGUUCUACUGACUGUUCAAGUACUAGGAUUAAACUCUGAAUUUGUAAUUAUCAGAGUUUCAGACCAUAUCUCUUGACAGCUUAAUUUCAUUAGUGUGGCUAAAUCUUUAAAGCAAGUUUAGUUUGGAAGUCUCUUUUCUCCUGACAAGUUUGGAUGGUGGCAUUCAAUGAUAAGGAAUCAAAUCCACCAAAUUGGUGAUCUUAGUUUCACUUCAGAGAUGGAAACCAAAUAUUUCAAGAAUGAGUUCACAUUAGGAAAUGGAUCUGACAUUUUAAAAUCCAAAAUCAAACCAAAUGAGAUGAAGAACCUGUUCAUCUCGGGAUCCUAUCAUGCAAGGAGAUAGUGCCAUUGCACAUAAAGUUGAUGGACCUACUGUAAUUGGAAUGAAUAAAAGAAAGAUUGAAGAUACAUUUACAGAUUAUACUACAAUUCAAGGUGUUCUUAGACAAGGUGAGCGAACUAAAAGCAAUCGCCUCUGGAGGGGGUGGGGUGGAACCUGCAGGAGAUGAAGAAGAAUAUGCAGUGUUCUUAGACAAGGUGAAGCAGACAGUUUUCUGAUGCUGCUAUGAGCCGCCUUCAACCGCGUUUCUAUCCUCAUUUAAAACUAAUUGAUUUUGCAUUUAAUUUUGUCAGCUAAACAAAUUCCAAUUGGGGUUUGGUUUAACCCUGGAAGGAGCUGCAACAGAUAGAAAACAUCGAUGGUUGGGUGAGUUAAGUUAAGAGCAAGAUCUAUACACUUAAGAUGGAGCAUGAGUUGGAAGUAGAACAACCAGUGAAGUCUGGUGUUUUGAGGGCCUUUAAUUUUGACAAGAAAUCAACCUUGGAUGCUGUUUGCAGGGGGGCAUAUGGUUAUGCUUGUGGCGCCAAGAGAUUGAACCGUUGAGACUGCCAAUCCUUUUUUCCAUCCUGGUGGUGGUUUGGUCUAUCAUUAAUCAAUGUUCUAUGAUCUCUAUCUAUUAUUUAUUUCUUUUUGUGUAAAACGGCUUAUGUUUUGGUGUCAUUCCCUGAUUGUAAGGAUUUAAGAUAGCUCUUGAAUUUCUGUCAUGAGAGAAACUUUAUACAUACAAAAUGCCG